AUGCGCAGCAGGGGGGGCAGGGCGGGCGUCACGUGGCCCGACCUGACGGCGCUGCGGGAGGCCGGGCGGCGCGAACUGCGCGAGUUCCUCGACAAGUGCGCGGGCUCCAAGGCCAUCGUGUGGGACGAGUACCUCACCGGGCCCUUCGGCCUCAUCGCGCAGUACUCGCUGCUCAAGGAACACGAGGUGGAGAAGAUGUUCACCCUCAAGCCCGGCCGCCUGCCCGCAGCCGACGUCAAGAACAUUAUUUUCUUUGUCCGGCCCAAGCUAGAGCUCAUGGAUAUCAUCACUGAAAAUAUACUCAGUGAAGAUCGAGGCCGGUCGCCGCAGAGGGACUUCCACAUCCUGUUCGUGCCCCGUCGGAGCCUGCUGUGCGAGCAGUGGCUGAAGGACCAGGGUGUUCUGGGGUCCUUCAUCCACAAGGAGCAGUACAGUCUGGACCUCAUCCCAUUCGAUGGAGACCUGUUGUCUAUGGAGUCGGAGAGCGCGUUCAAGGAAUGCUAUUUGGAGAGUGACCAGACAAGUCUGUACCACGCAGCCAAGGGCCUGAUGACCCUGCAGGCACUUUAUGGGACAAUCCCACAGAUCUUUGGGAAGGGCGAGUGUGCAAGGCAUGUGGCUAAUAUGAUGAUCAGGAUGAAGAGAGAGUUCCCUGGAAGCCAGAACUCAAUAUUUCCGGUCUUUGAUACCCUCUUGUUGCUGGACCGCAACGUUGAUCUGUUGACGCCGCUGGCUACUCAGCUUACGUAUGAAGGGCUUAUUGACGAAAUUUAUGGAAUUCAGAACACUUAUGUGAAACUCCCUCCUGAGAAAUUUGCCCCUAAGAAGCAGGGAGAGGGUGGCAAGGAUCUCCCCACGGAACCUAAGAAGCUGCAGCUGAACUCUGCUGAGGAGCUGUACGCCGAAAUCCGGGACAAGAACUUCAACGCCGUGGGCUCGGUGCUGAGCAAGAAGGCCAAGGUCAUAUCUGCAGCCUUUGAGGAGAGGCACCAUGCGAAAACAGUUGGAGAGAUUAAACAGUUUGUCUCGCAGCUGCCCCACAUGCAGGCAGCAAGGAGUUCUCUGGCAAACCAUACCUCAAUUGCAGAGCUAAUCAAAGACAUUACUACAUCAGAAGAUUUCUUUGAUAAUUUAACAGUGGAACAAGAGUUUAUGUCAGGAAUAGACACAGACAAGGUUAACAAUUAUGUUGAAGACUGCAUUGCUCAAAAACAUCCAUUGAUCAAGAUACUACGGCUCGUUUGCCUGCAGUCAGUAUGUAACAGCGGGCUCAAGCAGAAGGUGUUGGACCACUAUAAGAGAGAGAUUAUCCAGACUUACGGCUACGAACAUAUAUUGACUUUAAACAACCUGGAAAAGGCUGGACUCUUAAAACCUCAGACAAGUGGGAGAAACAACUACCCAACCAUCAGAAAAACCUUGCGGCUGUGGAUGGAUGAUGUUAACGAACAGAAUCCCAAUGACAUCUCCUACGUGUACAGCGGUUAUGCUCCAUUAAGCGUGCGUCUGGCCCAGCUGCUCGCACGCCCGGGCUGGCGUAGCAUAGAAGAGGUUCUGAAGAUGCUCCCAGGCCCCCACUUCGAAGAGAGGCAGCAACUCCCCACGGGCCUGCAAAAAAAACGUCAGCAUGGGGAGAAUCGCGUCACUCUGGUCUUCUUCCUGGGAGGCGUGACCUACGCAGAGAUUGCUGCACUGAGGUUUCUGUCCCAGAUGGAAGAUGGAGGCACAGAGUACGUCAUCGCCACCACCAAGUUAAUCAACGGGACAAGCUGGAUCAAAUCCCUCAUGGAGAAGCUGGAGCCAGCCCCUUUCUAGGAUCUGAGCACUAGCACCUUCCAAGGCUGCCUGGGACGUGACUGUCUUUGGCCGUCACAGCUGGAUGUGAAAAGGCCAAGAGAAGAAGCGGUAGCUGGAGAAUGGACUGUGAGUGGGGACUGUCCUUUCUGGGCUAGCAGGUGUCAUGGUUGCACUUCCCUCCCUGCAUUUCCUGUUUUGUUCUUGCUGUACAGAGAACUAACACCUAAGCCACAAGCAGCUGGAGAGGAAAUAAAUGGUGACUAAA